AUGGCACAUCGCCGUACAUUGUGGCCAACCACUCACCACGAGAGGGAGCCUCUCUCCGUCCGUCAUCUGGAUCGCUCACCAAGUGAAGAAGGGCGUCCUCCAGCGCGUCGAACGGGUACCCGGGCAACUCUACCUGCCUCAACACUCGCUCCUGCUGAAGUCAGGACCGAUGUGUCUCCCUCCGAGUUUGUUGCUGCUGCUUCUCGUGGAACGUUGGAGAAUACAUCGACUUCAGAGCGCACUGAUACAGCUUCUACUGGUUUCUGCGCGACACUUCCUGCUCCAGAGAUUGCUUUUGUCGGUCAUGUUGAGACCAGUGCGACUCUAUCCGCUCCUGAAUGCGAUGCUGCGGCUGCAGUCAGACACAUGGAGGCAGGAGAAACUGUAUCAGUUCAUGAAGCGGCUAUGACAUCAAUUAACCAGCGGGAUACGUCCGGCGAAGUACACCGUGAUGAAGUGUUCACUGGACGUUCUUUUGACAGCAUUAUGGAGGCUGUUUGGGAGAAGUUUUCUCCUAAUAUAAAGAAGCAAGCCGUUAAGACCGAUGGUAUCUGGAGCGUGGAAGAUCCUCAAUUCUCGGAGUGGGCAAAGUUGCUGCAGUUCAAGCCAGCACAAGCAUGGAACCAGUGGAUCGUUGCAAAUAAAGGGACUACUGUGACUCUCAUGGUCUAUGAGUACGGUAUGGCCAUUGCAACUGCUAAAGAUCGAGAUGACUUUAUGAAGGCGUGCGUUCUACCAGAGACGGAUCGUGCAGGUGCAACAGCAGAUAGUUCCCUGCGAGAAGUGGUGGAGGCGCUUCGACAGAAGUGGAGAAAUACUUUUCAGGCAUCGUCGAUUGUCUGGCAGCCACGCUUUGAGGAGCAUUUAAAUGGAGUAGUGCAAUCUUCCAGUGUGGCGCUAGACUGUGUGAGAGCCUCUAUCGGUGACUGUCAGCAGCUCCGUCGCUACCUUGAAUCUGCUGGACGUUACCUUGACGAUCCAGAACAGCGAUUGGUAGCACGUGAAGCUAUCAUUGAAGGCAUUAUUCGCGAUCUCGUGCCUCCGUUUCCAAGCACGAUCAUCGACCCGAUGCCCCUGAUUGAGAACAUCGAAGACACAGAGCACGCCGAGUACGAACCACCAUACUCAAGCAAGUUUUCUAUUAUAUCUCAAGUGUGA